CCAAGACAAGAUAAAAAUGGAUCAGAAGGUGAAUCAGACAGCUGUUCCCCAGGUAAACCAUACUGAACAGAAAAUGCCAGAAAGUGAUUCUAAAACCCCAGAAUACAUGACUGUUUCACAGGAAGAUAAAGGAGAGCUACAAUCACAUAACAGCAAGGGGAAUUCAAUCUACGCACUUGAAACACUUGAAACACAAAGUGAAAGAAUGGGUGGAUCCAGCAAGGCAUCUAGCUCUGUGUUUUACUUACAUGAAGGAUUGGAUUACAGUACUGACAAGCUCUGCAGAAUGCUACCAAUUGAGAAAAGUUUUCAUGAUGCAGCAAGAAGGGAUGAUGUGGAAUCCAUGACCAAAUUGUUAGAGGCACAUGUCAAUAUUGACGCAGGAAACAAUCUGAAUCGCACUGCAUUACAUUUUGCCACAGCAGCAAAGAAACAAAAUGCAGUCGAGUUCCUUCUUAACAAUAAAGCAAGAACAGAUAUUGCUGAUGCAUAUGGAAUGACAGCACUUCAUCUAGCUGCCUGGUCUGGAGAUAUGGAGAUCAUGAAAAUACUGAUAAAUGCUGGUGCUGCCCGGGAUGCAAAAAACAAGGAUGAAAUGAAUGUUCUGCACUUUGCAGCUUGCAAUAAUCAUGUUGAAGUUGCCAGCUACUUGAUUGAUGAUCUGUCCAUGAAGAACCUGAACGAGCCUAAUGAGCGGUGGAAAAAGCCAUUUCACCUUGCUGUUGAAAAUGGAUGCUUUGAAAUGGUGAGAGCACUGUGCGACUGGCAGCUAUCAUGUGAUGAAAAAGAUAAGGAAGGGAACACACCUAUCCACUUAGCUGCUAAAAAUAACCACAGUGAGGUCCUGAAGCUUCUGCUGGAGGUGUAUGAAAAUGUGGAUGAGAUAAAUGAGGCUGGAGAAACUCCAUUUUUUAUAGCUGUGGCAGAAGGACACCAAGAAUGUGCAGAGAUGUUGCUGGCAGCUGGAAGUGAUGUCAACAUCUUAACAAAGAACAAAACUGGAGCCCUGCAUGUAGCAGCACAGAAAGGUCAGCUGCCUUUAGUCCAGCUACUCAUCAAACACAACGUAAAUCUAGAAAUUCCAAAUGAGGUAUCACCUCUUCACAUUGCUGUCAGAUAUAAACAGAAUAAGGUUGCCUGUGCCUUGCUGGAAGCAGGAUGUAACAUUAACAUUUUAGACAAUAGAAACCAGACCCCAUUGCACCUUGCUGCUGAUCUAGGGAAUGCUGAAAUAGUGGAAAUUCUUCUAAAGGAAGGAGCUAACCUAAAAAUCCAAGAUAAGCAAAGUAAAACUCCCCUUGGAGUAGCAGCAAGGAGUGGUGAAACUAACAUUGUGGAUAUGAUUAUUAAAGCCGAAAGAUACAAUGCAUUGAAAGAGGAGAAAAUUGCAAGCAAUGAAAUGCAAGUGGCCUGCCCUCAAUCAUUCAAGCAAGACCACUCUGCAGCAACCAAAACUCUCCGUUCAAUUUUCUGGAACCUAGCUCACAACCAGCUGAAGCCUAAUGAGUGGAAGAAAUUAGCACAGUACUGGAAGUUUGCAGAUGGUCAUAUCAAAAUCAUCGAACAGCAAUGGACAGGACCCAAAAGUUACAGAGAACAUGGUCACAGAAUGUUGUUGAUCUGGUGGCACAGUACACAACUGAAAGGUGAAAAUGUAAUCAAACUAUUAUAUGAAGGACUGGUACACAUAGGAUGUCUAAACAUAGCAGAGAAAAUCAGAGCAGAAUCGUCCAAGGAUACAGAUUCAAAGAAAUGUACAAUUUCCUGAAAGCCUCAGCAAGUUACUGGAGAACUCUGAGAUGGAAGUUCACAUCUUAGUUAUAUUUAUAAAGAAAGAAAAAACAAUAUUUGGAUCAGUACAACUUCCUCUCAUCUCUGUGAUGCUGCCAAAAUCUAUAAUAUACUUGUGGAAGCAACCCAUGGAAAUCAGAAGCACCCCAUAAAGGGAACCAGAUGUGCCUCAUCAAGUAACCAUUUCUUCAGCUAAGAAAACUUUUGCAGCAUAAAAACCCAAGCAGAAGAGUACCGAUAACUGCUGAUGCUUAAAAGCUAAAUUCCCGUAAAAUUUCUUAGCACUGCAAAAGUGGAUGAAUAUUCAAAAAAAAUAUCAGUUUUAGAGGUCAUUGUGCAUUAUUCUAGACUGUAAUUUCCAGAAUGUUGUAUGAGACAGUAUUCAACAGUCACUUCUUCAUUUCAAAGCACUAUUAUUUUAUUUGAUACUUUCAUGGUUGUGCUGGAAACUUAUCUUUGCCCACAUUUCAAACUAAUUAAAAAUACCACCUGUAGUUCAGUACAUGGCAGAGUCCAAAGACUUAUUAAGUGCCUGAAUACAUUGCUGUAACAAAGAGAAAACAGAAAGGCCAUCCAUAUCAAUCAAAGUUCUGAAAUUGGAGGAAAAAAAAACACUGAAAGGUUUUUAGUACUUAGUGGUAUCUGCAUACACUUUACAAGGUACAGGUGUUUGCAUCCAGUUAAAAAACAACUGCAGGUCAGGGAAGUCAAGCUGGCUUUAAAACAUACAGGGAAAGAAGGCAGCUAGGGCUGGAAUUACAGAUGCUGUGGUUUGUGUCUGUGAUAAAUUGGAACAUCUUAGCUGGGAAUGCAGCAUUUCUACUGUAAUGGCAAAGAAUAGUGCCCCCCAAAAAAGCAGCUCACAAAGGAAUGCCAGUGUACAGUCAUACUGAUCAACAAUACACUGACAGGCAUACAUGUUUAAAUAUGCUUUUCUCAUGAAUAAAGGUACACCUAGAGGAUAUAUGUGUAAAUCCCUAACAUUUAUAGUGCUGGUAUACCUUCAAACACUGUUAGUAACAAAAUAUACCUCUAAAAGGGUAGGCUGCUUGAGGAACAUGCAUACAAUAAAAGACCCGCAUUCUUACAAAACACAUCAUGUAUUUUUAUAUCACACAGCCACGGUGUAACAUGGCUUCUAGUAAAAUAGGUAGUUCUUACACAGUUGUUAGCAAUAUUCCUGUUGAGUCACUUUAAUGCCAGCUGAAGCAAAUGAUCUGAGACAAUGUAUUAUACUCUGGCAUUUCACUGCCUAAGUACAGUACAAGCAAUGCAAAGUAGGUGCAGUAUUCCCUCAUUAUAAUAGGUCAAAUGGGAGUAAGGACUUCUGUUCAUAGGUUCAUAGGAUGAUACUAGGCUAUUGGCCUGGAGGCCCUAAUAAGCGUAG